AUGAGCCUACAAAACGUUAGUCAAACUCUUUCUCAUGACCAAAUCAAUAAAAUUGUUGAAGGCAUCACUAUUUUACUUCCCGGGGUACUAGAAAAUGUACUUCUUGGGACUAAAACUACGUCGUCCCACGAUGGAUUUACGCAUCAUAAGCUCUUCAUUGGAAGUCUUGGGAUUCGUACUACGUCUCAGACUCUACGUCAAAUUUUCUCUGCCUAUGGAGAAAUCAAAGACGCGUUGGUGGUUAGAGAUAAAUUUGGUGUGAGCAAAGAGUAUGGCUUUGUGAUUUUCAAGAAUGUAAGGAGCAUGUUAAUGGCAUUGAAAGAGCCAUACAAGACUAUUGAUGGUAAAAUGACGAUUACAAAAGUUGCUAGAUCGAGAAUUAGAGACGUAAAUGACGAGUCUCUACGUACUAUUUACGUGUCCAACGUGCCACAUGACAUGUGUCCAAGUAAAUUGUUGGAGUACUUUUCAUCUUAUGGUGUCAUAGAAAAGGGUCCAUUUGGUUUCGAUAAGGAAACAAGAAAAUCAAGAGGCUAUGUGAUUUUCGUGUACAAAACACCUGUAGGUGCAAAAACAGCAAUUUAUGAACCUAACAAGUGUGUUGAUGGACACAAUUUGACUUGUGAAAUGGCCAUUCCAAAGACAACGAUGAAAAAUCCACGUGUUGGUCCUAAUUUAGAUUUCGAUUUUGGACCCCUUCAACAUGACCAUUACAAUAAUGCAAGAUCAAGGUUCAAUGGUUGUAGCUCGAGGUCAGAAGUGUCACAAGUUGGUACUCAGUAUGCCCCUUAUCAGGGCAAUGGGCAAAUGUAUGCACAUAAAUGUGAUUGCAGACUGGGCCUCAAUCACAUGGGAUCUGGGCUUUAUUCUAAUAUGGACCAGGCAAAUUAUAGCAUUUGGGCCUCAGAAUUUCCAAGGCACAGGCCAUUAUGGUUUGAUGGUUCAUCUCUUUAG